GAGCACCGCUCUCUCGGCACCGCGCGGACGCGCCAGACCGCAGUCAAGAUGGACUGGGAGCUGCUGACGAUGGCGAGUCUGCACCUGACCGCGACCGAGCACCGCUACUACGGCGACAUAUUCAUCUACUGCUGCGAGAACGCGGACGGUGACAGCGUGUCCGUGAUCAAAGUCGCCGAGCUGUUGCGCUCGGCCAAUCUGCCGCGGGACGUCACGAUGAAGAUAUUGGACAUCUGCAUGGGAGCCAAAGGCAACACGCAUUUGGGCAAGAAGCAAUUCUAUGCAGUGCUGAAGCUCAUCGCGGUCCACCAGGCCGGUCUGGAGAUCACCAGAGACAUGAUAACCGCGUCGUUGGACGUUAUUACCUUGCCAAGAUUCACGUGGCCGACCCCCGGCGACGAGGACGGCAGAAGGAGUCCCGACAUAACCAGAGGCGCAAAGGGUCGGCAUCACGCUCCCGAGAGCACUACCGAGAGCGAGAGCGAAGCGGAGUCCCCGCGCGAGACUGGCGGCAGCACAGAUUCCCCUACACCGACGAACAGCGUGACUCAGGAGAGAAAUGACGGUAUGCUGGGUGGUGAGACAAUCCUGGAUUCCGUUUCCGGUGGCUGGCAAGGCUUGCUGGUUUCCGAAGAGCAGAGACAGCUUCUGGGCACCGAGGAGGAGAGCUCCGAGCGUCACAGCAGCGACGAGGGCGACGGGGAGGGUGACGGUACGGGCUUCCCGCCGGAGGAAGUGUGGAUUAUCAGCGACGAGCAGCGCGAUUACUACGCCGCGCAAUUCGCGCAGCUGCAGUCCGAUCCGGAGGGCCUUCUGGCCGGGCCCGUGGCCAGAACGUUCUUCGAGAAGUCGCGGCUUCCCGUUUCCGAGUUGCGGCGCAUCUGGCAGCUCGCGGAUGUCACGAGGGACGGGGCGCUCAGUUUACAGGAAUUCUACGUGGCUAUGCAUCUCGUCGUGCUGAGGAGGAAUCACGUGCCUCUGCCCGACGUUCUACCUCCGUCCUUGUCGAUCCCGUUAGUCAUGCAAACAGCAACAACUGCCGCGCCGCCGCAAAUCCCACCGGCGACAACCGCUCAAAAAUCACCACCCAACUCCGCGAACGCCCGCGAGAAGAACAAGGAGUGGACGAAGUUCGUGGACUCGCCGACCGGAGCGAGCAGCUCCUCGGUCACCAGCCCGGGGUUGCAGCUGGUGAAUUUCGACUUCCAAAAGUCAGCCGUCGAACGCGACCCGAAGAUCCUGCACCCGGUGCCGUUGCGCUUAACGCCCGAGGCGGCGAUUCUCGCCUCGGGCGCCAACGGCAGCAGCAGCAGCUGCACAACCCUGGGGGAUGACGAUCUGCAGCAUUCUGCGGCGUCGUUAGUGCAACGACCUCUCGCAAAGAAACCUCCCGCGGCACCCGAAGACGCCGUUAUCGUGACUCCGAAGAAGGAACCGCCGCCUCCACCGCCACCCAGACCGUACAGAACACACGCGCGCAGUUCUAGUCUCGAUCUUAAUAAAUUAGGAAAAAAUGGUCAAAGUUUUCUUGGGGCACCACCGCUCGUGCCACCUAGAAUCUCGCCAGGAAUUACUUCGCCUCGCAAGCUGGUCGGUCAAAGGAGCGAGGGUGAGGGACAAAGAACGUUAAGCGAAAGUCAAGCUUUUGUCGCUGACUUCUCCCACUUUUCUCCCAAGAGUGAAUUGCCUGAGAAUACGGUUCCAUCUAUAGAAAACACGAUAUCACAAUCUCAACAAUUUACUGGUGUAUGCGGAGCGUUUCACAUUUAUAGAAAACCGAGUCCAAAACGAGACGGCGGCGAAGAAGAGAGUAAGAACGAAGCGGAGGAUGAAAAGAUAUUGACCUUACAAGAAUUAAGGGAAAAGAAUGCGGAAUUACGCUUAGUCUGUGAAGAACUGACACGUGAACUGGCCAGCGCGCUCCAAGAACGUAUAAAUCUGCGCGCAAAACUCUUGCUCUUGACUUGAUGUGAUUACUAUUCGCUGUCAUUCAUUCGUUCGAAGUUACGAGGUAUUAUGUAUCCUCAAAUCAUUGUAAACACAUGUAUUUAAUACGUUAUGCUAGUCUAGAAUUCCUCUUUUCCCAACGAAGUAUUCAUUCACAUUCAUAACGAUCAACGUAGAGACAGAUGCGGCAGGGGACGCGCGAUUUACAAAACAAAAAAAAAAUAUUACAUAGAUAUUUUAUACUUGAGGUUGAAAGAAGAGUGUCUAUGAAUAAAUUAUGAAUCAUGUAUAUACAAAACCGAUUAUGAUCUCUAUAUUGAUAUAUAACAAGCGUUUGCGAAUUUGCUUUUAUCAAGUUUACGAGCUAUUGUUCACGUUUAUAUGUAAAAGUGUUGAAAAAUUCACUCAGGUUUGAUGCCUGUGCUAUCGAAUUUCCCCCUGUGAUUUACUGACUUGUAUAUUAUAUGUUUUGCAUCGAAACUUCCGUCUUUUCAUCGCCACGAAUUUAUAUAUACAUAUAUAUACAUUUCCAUAAGCAUGCCGCACGCAUAUACGAGUGCAUCUGUCACAUAUUGUUAUUCCAUCUCAGUGCAGAUAAUUUGAAACUUCUAAUUGUGAUUUCUAUGCGUGAAGAUUUGUUAACUUUAUGAGAAUUAUAUAUUUCAUAUUCCUCGUGAUGAAUCUCCUCUACAGAGCUUUGUUCGCCGUAAACGGAACCAUAUCUAUUUUGAGCUUUGAAUUGUACUAUAAAGAACGAAUAAGUAUUUAUUGUUUGCAACAAAAUCGAAUUGUAUUUUGAAUUGAAUUUUCAUACGACUAUGUGAAACGCUUACGUAAAGAUGAGCGUCAACGGAGAAAUGGGAUAAUCAGGACUGUUAUGAAGUUAUACUUUAUUCCGUGAUAACAAGUACCUACGAAAAAUACCUGUUAAACGUUGAAGAAAAAUAUAUGCGAGAAAAAUGGAAUCUGCAGGAACAGAAUACUUCAAAAAAUAAAUUUAUAUAGAUGUAUAAUGUUCAGAAUCAAUUCACGUUGAAUACGUCGAUUUUGGUGUGGCAAUUCUUUGAAACGAUUAUAUCGAUUCCUAUUGUAGUUUUAAAGAAAUAGAUGCUAUAGUCGGUGCAAACCAUUGCCUGAGAAGAAUAUAGAUCUAUCAAAGCCACAUCCGCAACAAAAAUCGAGUUAUUACAAUAAUCGUCAUUCUUCCCAGUUAGUUAUUUUUUUAAUAGCAGAUAUUUUUAAUAGUAGCGAUAUUACUCAAUAGACAUAGAAUUGCUUUAUAGAAAAAUUACUAUUAUUUAAAUAAAAUUUUCAAACUUCGUGCUUCUCUACAAUUCGCGAUUAAACUCUCGACUAAAAUUCAAUCUCCGUGGCUCAGCUCUAUAUAAAUCUCAGCGCUUUAUUUAUAAAAAUUGCCAUUUUUAUUCAAUCAAAUAUAUAUUAAUUCGUGAUUAACUUUAUCACAUUUUCAAAAUUUUACCUUGUUUACAAGUAGCAGGUAAAUAAAUUUGCCAAGCGACCGUUGUUACUAAUAACUCUUUGUGCCAUAUAACGCGAAAUUUUGAAAUAUACAUAUAUAGUCGUCGACAAUGUAAUCGACAGUAUCGUCUUGUCGAAUAUCACGAGAUUACUUAGAAGUAAAAGCUUGGAAAAUCAACGAGUCAUGCAACAAAGAUUUUUUGUAAUUAUAGGUAUUGUGUAAAAAUUAUAGAAAAUUAAUACUUAUAUCAGAAUUAUCUCUGAUUUAUUAUCUGCAGUCCUGUAAAAAAAAAGCAAUGUAACGAUGUAGAAUAUACAUAUACAGAAGUGUCUGUCAAGUAUGAAUAAAGAAACUACUUUAGUUUCAUAA